ACAGGUGCCCUCCAUCCACACCCGGCCGGUCCGGGCGAUUGCAUCUACCAGUGUAUGUGUGUUGGGAUCGGAUCUUUGAGCCAUGACAGCAAGUAGUUUCCUGGCCGUGUGUGUCCUGUGUGCGGCCAUCCUCCGGACAGGUUUUGGAUUGCAUACAGUUAGUGCAAUUUAUGGAGAAACAAUCAAUAUACCUUGUGGUCAAGAUAUAACACAAGACCUUCUGUUUGGCAAAUGGAAAUAUGAAAAGCAAGAUGGAACUGCGGUUUUUGUAGCUUCUCGUUCCGAAGCGAAAAAAACUUUCAAUUUUGAUGACGUGCCAGAGUACCAUGGUCGCCUGAACCUGUCGGAGAACUACACAUUGUCUAUUUCUAAUGCAAGGAUUAGUGAUGAAAAGAGAUUUGUAUGCAUGCUCAUAACAGCAGAAAAUGUUUUUGAAGUGCCUAUAAUAGUCAAAGUAUUCAAGCCACCUUCAAAACCUGAAAUUAUAAGCCAGGCAACAUUUUUGGAAACAGGAAAGCUAAACCUGGUUGGAGACUGUGUUGCUAAAGACAGCUAUCCAGAUGGCAAUAUUACAUGGUACAGAAACGGCCAAGUCCUUUUGCCAGUGGAUGGAGUUGUGAAUGUGGACUGGUGGAAAGAAAAAAACCCAACAAGCGGUCUUCUUAGCAUGCGUUCAACAUUGCAGUACAUGUCAACAAAAGAGGAUAUAGAGGCACAGUUUUCAUGUGCAGUGACUUAUUACAUGCCAGAUGGACUGGCAACAAUGGAUUCUGAUCCAGCCGUAUUCGAUAUUUACUACCCUACAGAGAAGGUGACAAUUCAUGUACAGUCCACCAAAAAAACAAUAAAAGAGGGAGAUAACAUCACACUAAAAUGCAUAGGGAAUGGAAAUCCACCUCCAGAGGAAUUUUUGUUCUACCUUCCAGGUCAGGAAGAGGGGAUACGUAGUUCAAGUGCCUACCAUAUAACUGACAUAAAAAGAAAUGCAACUGGAGAUUAUAAAUGUUCUUUGCUAAAUAAAAUAAUGAUUGCUUCAACAAUGGUAACCGUACAUUAUUUGGAUUUGUCACUAACACCCACUGGAGAUGUCACUAUACAAGUUGGAGACAGUCUUUCUGUUUCAUGCAUUCCUUCUGCAAGUAAAAAUGUUUCAGUCACAUGGAUGAAGAACAAAAAAAUCCCUGCACAGCCAUCAUUCACAAAUCUACAAUAUAGAGAUUCAGGGGUUUAUGAAUGUGAGACCAGCCUUAUGGAAGUUGAUGGUCUGAGGAGAAAAAAGACACUAAGACUUACUGUAGAAGGAAAGCCACGAAUCAAACUCUCAAAAAAGACAAAUGCUGAUGGAAGGUCAAAAACAAUCCUGUAUGAGGUAGAUGGCUUCCCAAAGCCCGAAGUGCAGUGCGUCAGAUUAGGAAAUGAUCUAUACUUGAACAAAACUGAAGAGACUAUGUUAAGUAAUGGAAAAUAUUCUGCUAAAAUUAUCAUUUCCCCAGAAGAGAAUGUCACAAUUAUCUGCAGUGCUGAAAACAAAUUGGGGCGAGAGUCCCAUUCCUUAAAUGUCUCUGCUAUCAGCUUUCCAGAACCAGAUGAUCAUGUUGAUAGAAGUGGUGACAAUAAUGACCAUGCAAAACUCAUUGUGGGAAUUGUUGUUGGUCUUCUACUCGCUGCACUGGUUGCUGGAUUAGCCUACUGGAUAUACAUUAAGAAAUCAGGCUCAGCAUCAAAACAUGUAGGAAAGGAACUUGGUAACACAGAAGAAAACAAAAAACUAGAAGAAAACAAUCACAAAUCAGAAGCAUAAGAACUUAAUAAAUAGCAAAAUACUCAAGAUACUCAAGGGAAACCAUGAUGAGCAGUUUGAAGCAUGACUAUGGAUUGUAAUUAAUGGAAUAUAUAAUGGAGCUGCAAAUGUUCAUGGUCAAAGUAUUAAACAUUUGUACCAAGUUGUCACAGGAUAUUGACAAAAACUGCAAAGGAUCAACAAAAAACUGAUAACAGCCAUGAUGAUAGCUUACCAUGUUGUGUUUUUUUUCUUCUUUUUUUUAAUGUAAAUGUCUGCACUGAAAAUUUUUGUUUGCCUUUUAUGUACAUUUUUUUACGUAGCUAUUUUUAUACACUGUAAGGCUUUGUUCUGGGAGUUGCUGUUAAUCAGAUGUAUAGCGUAUUGUUUUUAUUUUUAUGACACUGUUUGAUGCGCAGGUACAUUUUGAAUUCUGAUUGCUAUCGGUAAAACUUUUUAAAGGAAAUACACUAAGGUGUAACAGUUUCUUCAUUUUGUUCUGUAUUCUUUUAGGUCAUCUCUGUUGAUAUUUCCUAUAGAUAUUUGUAAUUCAUUUACUGAGGACUAGAAUGGGCUCUGUAAGACCAUGCAUGUUCCCAGUGGAUAAGAUUAAGUAUUCCACUCAUAACUGCAGUCAUAGCAAAUUAGGUAUUUUACCGAUAGCAUCAUAGACAGAAAUUAUGUUCACACCAUUAAUCUUACAGUGACUGGAAUCCUGUCUUUUUUUGUUGUCCACUGCCUUACAAAUAUCACAGUUUUUGGGGAAAAUUUAUAUUGCAACAAUAUGGUGCCCCAUUUGUCCACCAAAAGAGCAAAUUUUACUCUUGUUGAAGAAGGUUGAUAUUGAAGGAUCCAUGUAACUUAUAGAUAAUACUUUAUUUCAUGCUGUUGUUUUUGUCAUUUUGAUUACAUAUUUAAUUGAUUCUUUUCUUUAUGACUUGUUGAUAUUUUCAGGGUAAAUUUAAAUGAAUGCCAUUGUCCUUGUUGCCUAGGCUAAGCUUUAAACAUCAUUUUCUCACUUUUUAAAUAUCAUGGAAUCUGUACACCUCCAGCAGAUUCGCUUUUUGCACAUUUUUAUCACUGAUACAUUGCUCACAUUUUGUUCUUGAGGCACAGUUUUAAUUGUUCUUAAUCAUAAAAUUAUGAAUCAAAUGAUAUAAGUGUAGCAGAUGUUACACAAAGAAUUGCUUCAAUGGUUGUUUUGAUUGCAUAUUUUACAAACUGGGAUUGCUGCUGUAAAGACAGUAGCAUUAAGCAGCUUGUUUAUUUGAUGGACACAGAAAAUUGCAGAAUUUAGUCCACUGGCAGCUUAAUGCUGUAGUCUUUAACCAAUGUAUUUCUUGUGGCAUCUGCUUCGCAGUGCGUUGCAGAAUUAGCAAGGGGCUCAUUUGCUUUAUGGUUUUAUUUGCAUUAACCACUACAAAUUAUUGAUGCACCUUCAUAUGAUCUUGUGUUAACCGGUACAUAAUUUAUCAGCCGAUAUCUAAAACAAUAAAAUGUCUUUUCUUUAAUUUGUAACUUUAUAAAGAAAAUAUGUGGACUGUUCAAUCUGUGUAAACAUGGUAUUGUAAAUGGACAGCAACUAAUGCAUUGGAUAUCGCAAGAUGUAUUUCAUCCUCUGUAAAGCUGAAACAUGUUUCCAGAGAAUGUACAUAAAGUGUAUUUACUA